ACCUAUACCCUUACCGUCCCAGUUUUGACACAAAUAUACCCUCAUGGACAUUAAAUGUGUGACUGGAUUUUAUAAAAUUAUUUUCUUUUUUUUUUCUUAAUUGCCACAUGGCAAUUAAAACCCGACCUCUCCCUACCCGACCCAUCUGGUAAACCCAACCCACUCCUUCCCCUUUUAACCCAUUGACUAAGCCCUAAUGGUAUAACUCCACCAUUCCAAAAAACAAUUAUCUUUCCAGUGCCAAGCUUCUCUUCUUUCUCCACCAAACUAAAAUUACCCCCGUUGAUUUCCUUUUCAAGUGCUUGUCAGGGACCACAAUUCAGUUUUCAAAAAAAAUGAGCCAAAAUUCGAGUGCGUCUAAUGGAUCGAGGAUGAAUUGUAACUGUGAUAUUGCAGCGAGGAUUUUCACGGCUUUCACUCAUGUGAAUGCUGGGAGACACUUUUACAAGUGUGCUAGACCUAAUGGUUUUAAAUGUGGUUUUUGGAAAUGGAUUGAUGAGCUGCUCCACCCUAGAGUUGGUGAUCUUAUCCACAAUUUGAAGAAGGAAAAUGAUAGUCUUAAACGUGAAAAGAAAGCUUUGGAGAUUGAUCUAGAAAAGUUUUUGGCAUCUGAUAUUGAAGAAAAAUGUGGUGAAGAAGAUGAAAUUAGUGUCUCCAAUGGUGAGGAGUUCGGUGUCAAUAAUGAAGAGAUUGUUGUCGACAAUGAAGUUGUUAAUAAGCCUUUGGCGGAUGUUCAUGAUGGGAAGAAAAAAUCAACGGAAAAAAGUACUGAAAUUGUGGAUUGUGAUAGCUAUGUCGUGGUGCUGUUUUGCUGGGUUCAUCACAUCUUGGGUGAUGAAAUAGAUAUCGUUUUCCUUUUCAAUUUCAAUGUGGCAGUUGUAAUAUCGUUAAGGAUAUGUUUGUGUUAGUAGUAGUUUUGAAUGCAAUUGUAAAAACUAUGUCAAAUUGUAGUUGUUUGUGUUAGUAGUUGUGUCAAUUUGAAUGCAGUUGUAACUCUAGUUGUUCAAUUUGCUUCCAUCAUUUCAUUUCGAUAUACAAACUAGAAACAAAGUAGUUUGUGUCAAAGUGCAGUUGUAAGACCAGUUCCGGUUAAAAGAAAACUACUUACAAAUCGA